AUGGAGACGAAUCGACCACCUUCGACAGCGAAGUGGGUGAGUCGACGCACGCUUGACAGUCAGGCGAGCAACCGCGAAAACAACGCAGGACUGACGCAUCCGCGCGGGUCCAACUCAGACAAAAACCCGAACAACGCGAACCAUCACCACAGCGUGGAGAAGCGCAAGUAUGGGCACGCGCCAGACGCUGUCAUUGCGGCAAUCGGUCGUGGCAGCGGCAGCGGGAAUUCUGGUGGCGCCGCUGCCGCUGACAACUCGCCGUCCGCACCGUUCCACACGAACGGCGGCUGCGGCAGUAAUCGGUUCGGCAUUUCCGGCAGUGGCCACGGCGGCGGUUGGGGCAGCAACGCCCCCAAUUCGCACGCUACCAACAACGAACUCAACCACCAGGGUAACGCGUUCGGCACGAACACCGUCAACGCUCAUGGACCACACAGCAAUGGCAGUAAUAACGCCAAUGGCGGUGGCCGUCGUGGCUAUGGGGCCGGUGGUGGGUACGGAGAGGCGACGGAGCCGACAAUCCCGCCACCGCCGCGCAGCGUGCAGAUGGGGCAGGGCACCUUGUCUGCCCAAGCCGCCGCCGCCACCUCGCGGGAUUUUAUUCCGCAGCCGCGCCACGCUAAGGCAAACAGCAGCGCCAGCAGCCACUCUUUGAAGCCGAUGGAAGCAUCACCGCCUCCUCCUGGCGCCGCACCUUCUGUGCCUCCUUCCAUCCACAGCCCUAGCUCCACCCCAGCGCUUCGCUGGGGUUUCAACGCCACCCCAACACCGCGCAGCGCGAACGGUGGCGCAGCAACGCCGAACGCACCCCCACUGGUUUACACUGCCGCCUCCCACUUCGACGCGCUGGCGGGGCUCCUUGCUCCCAAGUCAGCUACACCGUCGCCCCUCGCGAGCGCAGCAGACGGUGGUGGCCCCGAAGCAAAUGUUGCUGCCCAAGCACCUCCGCAUUUCACGGCCGCACCGCUGGCGUUUACCACGACAGUGCCCUCCGUCAACGCCCGCCUCGCCUCCUCCGCACCAGGCGCAGGUGCUCCAGCGCCACCGCGGCCGUUCGCUGUCACUAGCGCCGUGAAUGCCGAGUCCUCGCCCCUCGAUUCGUUUCAUGUCGGCGAAAACAUCAGCUUUGGCGCCUCCGCAUUCGGCGGGUCGCUGCACUCGCAGCCGUCCGAGAUUGAGACGCUGCUCGGUCAGGUGGAGCGCAGCACGGGGACACUGCCGGUGGGGGCGGCGGGUGAGCGCGUGAUAGGCGGCUCGCUGCGCGAGCGGCGCUCUGUGACUGACUGGGGCAUCGAGGAGGCGAUCCGGACGGUGUUGCCGGGGAUGGACGAGGACGAAAACUCGGACAACGUACAGGGUCCAAAUUUCUCUGGCGGCAUCGCAGCCAUCACCGGCAACUGGCAUACGUCCGGCGAUGUCGAGACGCAACCUGUCGCCAGCGGUGGCGCCAGUGGCCUGCUGGCCGACUUCCCCACAUCUUUUGCCGCGUCCUUUUCAGAGCGGGCGAGCACAUUGCUGCAGUCGCCCUUCGCCGCCGAUGCGGCCUUGAACACGAUUGACAAUCUUAGUCGGGCCUUCAGUACCGCUGCCCGCGUGGACUCCUCCUUCACUACGUCGCCAGCCACCACGACGGCGACUCCGCUGCAGCGCCCUCCAACGUCGCCGGGGGUGCGGCUGCCAAAUCGCGUAACACCGGUAGAGGCGAUGUCGAUGCCGCCCUCGAUGAGGGAUUUGGCGCACCCUAGCGGCAGCCCCUACACGGUUCCCACAGCGACGCAGCCGCCGCCGCCGCGGUCUACCAAGUCGGAGGUCUCAGCGCGCGUCGAGGAUCUGCCGGACGCCGGGCAGGGCGGCAGCGGUGAACUCCUCAACCUCUACACCCUGCCGCCGCCAACGACCACGUCUCCGUGGCUCGCGUCAGGGAUCAGCGAGUCAGCGACGCCGAUGGCGCCUGUGAACCGCACAAGCGAUUCCAUGGCCGCCAAACUACCAGGGCACCGCUCGCCGCGCACGACUGCGGCUCGGCCAGAGAGGCUGCAAGCGAUCCCAUUGAAAGAAGGGAGCAUGAACAGCAAUGGAGGGCUGACGACGACCACCGGGAGCACCACAAGCCCUGCUUUGGCAGCGGUCCGUCAGUCCAGCACCUCCAGCCAUGGCGGCUCGGCGCCUAACACACCGUCCCUGCGCAAGGAGCUCUCGACGCCGCUGUCGGGGAGCCGCUCGCAGCCCUACACGCCGGGUGGCUCGCGCCCGCAGCGCCCUUCUCUCUCCGCCCCUCUUGUCAACCGGCACACCAUAACUCACAUCUUCCGCGAGACACCGCAGUCGCUGCGGCGCAGGGAGCGUAUGGAGCACAACCACUAUCACAGCGACCAGGCACUCUGCAAGGAUUUCCACUGGCCUCCGCACGACGAGGCGGAUGCAGAACACAUGCUGCGGGAGCGCAACGCGACAAAGCUGCUGCGUCACCUCACCAUAAUCAGUUUCUCCCGGCAGCACGUCAGUGGGGUGCAGGAGUUGUUCGACACGUGGGCCAAGAAUGGCAUUCCAGCGCCGGACAUGGGCUUCGGUGCGUACUACUUCUACGUCAAGGAGAAGAGCGAGAAGCUACUGUGCAUGAAGCACAACGGCCGAGGUGCCUCGCCGGGCCACGGCUACGGGCGGUGCGACUUUGAGAGUCGCCGCCCGUACAGCACAUGUCGCUACGAGCACGUCUGCCUCUUUUGCCGCUCUAAGGAGCACGGGUGGUUCGAGGAGGGCAAGUGCCAAGGCUACCAGCAGCUGCUGACUGAGAUGGAGGAAUUGGGGGUCACGGAGGAGGACAUUGUGACACUGCUGAACGCGAUGGAGAGGCCAGCGAAGCCAACGCGAUCCAGGUAA